CGAGACAGAGACGCAGAGACAAAGAGAGACCCGGGCGGGAGCGGCAGGCAGCGCGCCCCGCGCAAGUUUCCGCGGCUGAUUGUUCCCAGCUGUGCCGCGGCGCGCAGCAUCCAUCUGGCGUCCUCCCGCUGGGUCCCCAGCAUGGCCUCCAGACCCGGCAGAGCCCUCCCUGGUCUGAGCCCGUGUCGGGGCCCCAUGUCCCUCGCCACCCAGGACCGCAGAGGAGAGGGAAGGCUGCAGAUGUGGAAGGGGUCAGAGGAGGGCGGGACAGCCUGCCUCUGUGCUUGGAGAUGCGGUCCCCUGGGAGGGAUCCAUCACUCUCCCCUGUACGCCUACUGCUAGCCCGUGGGGCCCUUCCCCCCCCCAAUAAGCUGGGUGCCAAUCCUGGGGAGGAAGACCUCCUGCAGGGCCCGAGAGUCACCCCCUAAUCUCCUGAGUCUCCUCCUGAAAGGGUGACUGCCCCAGGGGGCUUGGAGCUGCCAGCCUGGGUGUGGAGGAUGGUGGUCCCCUACCAUGAGGAGGCCUCCAGUUCUCAGAGUGGUGGGGCUGUGGGAGCCCAGCCCCCAGCCCAGCCCACCUCAGUGAGAUACUGAAUGCUGGAGAUGAGUAGGGGAGACAGAGAAGCCUGGGGUUGGGAGGAACUGGGGACCUCUGUUCCCUGCCCUCUCCCUAGAUUCCCUAGGACAGAGAGGGCCCCUCCUGGAUGGAUGAGCCCCUGGGCUCUGUCCUCACAGCCCUCACCACAGUAGGCUGACAGUCUUGAGGCCACCCUCUACUGAGGGCCUGACAUGGGGACCUGCAGGCUCCGCCAAAUCCACUAUGUAGCCAAGUCUAGAGGCUGGACUUGACCGAUUCCUGAAUGUCAGAGACCCGGUGAAAGCCAUGGACCAGUGCCCUCAACCAAAGAAUGACACACUUGUCCUACAAUGUCCCAUGGUGCAGACCCCUGGGCUGGGUGACAUCACCAUGCUUCCAGUACCCCAUGCCAGGGUCCAGAGGAGCACUCGUCAGGCUCCAUCCUCCCUAAGUGCUUCCUGCUGCUGCAAACAGACCUUAGUCUCGUGAGUGGGGAUGAAGACAGCCAGGUCUGGGGAGGCCUGGGGCCUGGCAGGAGAGGAGUCUUCUGAGGGCUGGGAGCCCUGCCCAGCCUUGACUGUGCUGGGGGCCUCUUGGCCAGUGUGCAUGUGGUUUCCUGCCGGCCGACAUGUUCAGGGCCUAGGGGCUAAUUGGAAGCAGGUGGCAGCCUGGCAAACGCUGCUGAGCUGAGCUCUGUGAUAUUGGCUGGGCAGGGCUCGUGCCCUGAGGAUGUGCCUGGGGUCAAGUAUUCCCAAGUGCCUGAGACUCCCAGCCACCCACCUUGGGAGGUGCUGGGCCAGAGGGGUGGGCAUGGGUGUGACUGAAGAGGAAACAGUUAGGUGGUGGCGGGGAGGGUGCAAUUGAAAUGUCCCAUUUAGUGAACAGGGCAGGAUAGGGGUCUGUUCAUUUGUCAAGAUCAGUCCUAGGGCCAGGUUGCAAGUCUAGUCCUUUGUGUCCUGAACACCCAAGCAGGGACUUUGGAUGUACCUCCCAGUAGUUCUGCCCUAGCCCCUCCCUGGUCCUCCAGAUGCCUGGCUUCUGAGUGCCUUCUUAUCCAGGCCAAAUCUGGGGACAGAGGUGGGCUCUGCUUGGGUCACGGGCCUGGGAUGCAGCUCUCCCCUCCUCCUCCAGCUGUCCUCUGAGACCACCCCAGCCUCCUCCCUCCAUGGCCAUGAGAGCUGCCUGCCUCUUCUUGUUGUUCCUGCCUGCAGGCCUGCUGGCUCAAGGCCAAUAUGACCUGGAUUCACUGCCGCCAUUCCCAGACCACGUGCAGUACACCCACUAUAGUGACCAGAUCGACAGCCCAGACUACUAUGAUUAUCAAGAAGUGAGUCCUCGGCCCCCUGAGGAGCAGUUCCAGUUCCAGUCCCAGCAGCAAGUGCAACAGGAAGUCAUCCCAGCCCCCACCCCAGAAUUGCCAGAACCAGGGAACGCAGAGACAGAGCCCACGGAGCCUGGGCCUCUUGACUGCCGUGAGGAACAGUACCCAUGCACCCGGCUCUACUCCAUCCACAAGCCUUGCAAACAGUGUCUCAAUGAGGUCUGCUUCUACAGCCUCCGCCGUGUGUACGUCGUCAACAAGGAAAUCUGUGUCCGCACAGUCUGUGCCCAUGAGGAGCUCCUCCGAGCUGACCUAUGUCGAGACAAGUUCUCCAAGUGUGGCGUGAUGGCCGUCAGUGGCCUGUGCCAGUCUGUGGCGGCCUCCUGUGCCAGGAGCUGUGGAGGCUGCUAGGGUGGAGCUGGCAUUGGCAUCCUGAGUGCUGGGCCCUGCCCAGGUCCUGCCUCAGGGUUGCCUGAACUGGUGCUUUCCCCCCAUCCCAACCUUCCUUUUGUACAAACAGUGGGCUGCAGCCCCAGGGGACUGCUGCCUGAAGUGCCUUAGCCCCUCCCCUAGCCUGUGGCCACACCUGGACACAAUGGAGCCUCCUGACUGCCAGUCCCCAUCUCCUGGGGGGGCAUCCAAGACCUCAGUGUGGGACCUGGGCCCCCAGUGUGCCUUCUCAGUCCCUCUGAGGACAGUCCCCCGAGGUAGGCCAUGCCCCUCAUCCCAGCUGGUCUGCUUGGAUUUCCUACAGCCCCUGGGCACAGACCACCUUUGUUUUAUACAAAAUUAAAAAUAAGUUUUUACAAAAGAUCCAAAGUCACUUUUCCAUCCAGGACAAAGAGGGGACAGCUGGGUGCCUCCUAUUCUGCCUAUCCCUACCAAAAGACUACCCAGUCCCUUAGAGAGAAAUGGGUGUUUAGGUGACAGUGGCUUUGCCUCUGUAUCCCACUGGCUUCAGCUCUGACCUGCCCAGAAAGAGGGAAUGGCACCUGCCACCAUAUGUACAUAUAUGUGAUACCGGGAGUCAUGGGGCGAACAGAAGACUCCAGUGUUCAUUGUUCUCCUGGUCAGAGCUGCUUGGUGAGGGCUGGAGUCUGUCACAGAGAGAUGUGGCCAAGGUGAGAAGCGGAGCCAGGCGCUGGUGGCUCAUGCAUGUAAUCCUAGCUACUCAGGAGGCAAAGAUCAGGAGGAUCGCAAUUUGAAGCCA